CGCUCGUCCAGAUUCUCACGAGAGUAGCGUCACUUCAUGUUUGUCAGUGAUGGUAGCAGUGGUUAGCAAGCGGAUUGACAGAACUUGAAAUGGACUGAGGUAUGCCGAGCAAACAUCACAUUAGAAAGCAAGUUCCAGCAUUGCUCUACAAAGCCCCGCCAGUGCGAGGAUGUUCCCCGGCCUCUCUCAGAGACCAUGGCAAGUCUUCUGCAGGGUCUACCUGCAUCACAGAUCCCCCCUGUCACAACGACCCCCCUGGGUUGCCCGACCAUGCUACGGCUGGCAGAAUGGAGGGAUACACAGUCUGUGGUUGAGCCUUCCAGACUAUCGCGUAGCUUCUCUCACUUUGGGCCACGUACAGUACUACUCUACCUCCGGCAGUAGUAAAGACGGACCACCGUCACCACCAGGUCCAGACAGUCCUCCUACUGCAGAGAAGGUGUUAGCUGGGGCAGCACAGCCCUCUUCAGACCCAACAGCAUUUAGUCAUUCUGGGGCACCUCUCAGGCUGACUAAAGCAGAGACCAUUCAAGUGAAAGUGCGGGCUGUUCUGAAGAAGAGGGAUUAUGGAUCUAAGUACACUCAGAACAACUUUAUCACUGCAGUCAGAGCCAUGAAUGAGUUCUGUCUCAAACCAAGUGACCUGGAGCAGCUAAGGAAGAUCCGUAGACGCAGCCCCCAUGAUGACACAGAGGCGUUCACUGUUUUCCUGCGGUCAGACGUCGAGGCCAAAGCUCUAGAUGUGUGGGGAAGUCCAGAAGCCCUUGACAGAGAGAGGAAACUCAGGAAAGAGGUGGAGAGAGAGUACGAAGAAAAUAUUUUCCGGAAUCAGCAACUGCUGAAAGAAUACAAAGAUUUCUGGGGUAACACAAAGCCUCGAUCAGGCAAGAGGGCGACAUUUUCACAAGGACCAGGGAAGGUAGUGAUGGUGGCAAUAUGCAUCAAUGGACUUAAUUUUAUCUUCAAGCUUCUGGCUUGGGUGUACACUGGAUCAGCCAGCAUGUUCUCAGAAGCCAUCCACUCCCUAGCUGACACCUGCAACCAGGCUCUUCUUGCACUUGGAAUCAGCCAGUCUGUCCGGAAUCCUGAUGCUGUCCACCCAUAUGGUUUCUCCAAUAUGCGCUACAUUGCCUCACUCAUCAGUGGAGUGGGUAUCUUUAUGAUGGGAGCGGGUCUCUCCUGGUAUCAUGGCAUCAUGGGAUUGCUGCACCCACAGCAAAUUGAAUCCCUGCUCUGGGCAUACUGUAUUUUAGCUGGAUCUUUGGUGUCGGAAGGAGCAACACUACUAGUAGCAAUCAACGAAAUAAAAAAGAGUGCUCAACAGCAUGAAAUUUCUUUCUAUGAAUAUGUGAUGCAGAGUCGAGACCCCAGCACUAACGUCGUCCUGCUGGAAGAUGCUGCUGCUGUUCUUGGAGUCAUCAUGGCUGCCAGCUGCAUGGGACUCACCUCCCUCACAGGUAACCCCUACUACGACAGCUUGGGCUCGCUGGGCGUGGGCACCUUGCUGGGCGCUGUGUCGGCCUUCCUCAUCUACACCAACACAGAGGCACUUCUGGGGAGAUCCAUUCAGGCCGAGCACGUACAGAAGCUCACAGAGUUUCUGGAGAAUGACCCUGCCGUCAGGGCCAUCCAUGAUGUGAAGGCCACGGACAUGGGGCUGAGUAAAGUGCGCUUCAAGGCAGAGGUGGACUUCGACGGGCGAGUGGUGACACGCUCUUACCUGGAGAAGCAGGACAUCGAACAGAUUCUCACCGAGAUCCAGCAGGUCAAGACCGCUGAGGAGUUGGAGAGCUUCAUGCUGAAGCAUGGGGAGAACAUCAUUGACACCCUGGGAGCAGAGGUGGACCGUCUGGAGAAAGAGCUCAAGCAACGUAACCCAGAAGUUCGACACGUAGAUCUGGAGAUCCUAUAACGCUACAAAAAUCUGCUCUUAGAAAAGUCCCACCACAGCACGAAGGAAGUAGAGGGUUGGGGGAGGGAUAGCGGCCAAGCCAAACCUCUGCUCUCAUCCUCCCAUUCCCUGCAUCAUCUACCCUCGCCUUGGUUCCCAUUCAUCCUCUUAUCCCCACUCAUCAGAAGAAGUCUUACUGUAGAAUAGUCUGAAACACCUGAGCCAGAAAUCACGCUGGAACGGUAUUGUGGUCCUUUUCUGUUUUCUUUUAACUGAACCAUGCCAUGUGCUGCAGUGUCACAGGGGGGUUUAUGGAAAGACAAUAAAACAAAAAAAUAGAAAGGCAGAGCUGUAGUAGAGACAUACAUGGUGUGUCAGUGUAUUUAUGGAAGCACAGGCUCCAAACAACUUUGUUUCGGUGUGAUUUGUUUUUUGUUUUAAGCUGGCAAUGCACCGUUUUCUAUUUGGUUUAGCUGACUUGUGUUCAUGUGUCAACAUGAAUUGUCAAGUCAGCAGAUACCAAGACAACUAAACAGAUAAUGGUCUUUCUGAUUGGUAUCAGUCACACAUAUAGUACAAAAUGCUAUCGAGCUGUGAAGAAUCAUAACCCAUCUGGAGGUACGCUUUUUAUGUUUAUAACAAAACACAGAUUUUAAGCUUUUGAGUUAUUUUGAGGUAAGCUUUGAAGUUUGUGGAAAAAGUAUUUCACACGAUAUAUUGUUAAAGCAAAAGCUCAAGCACAAAAAAAUUGACUACAAAUGUAUGUAAUAGUAUCUAUGAGCUUAGUGAUGAGAUUGUAUACCAUGGUAUAUGAAUAUAACAUAGAUGAAGGAAAACAAGGCUUUUUCUUUUUUUCCACCUAUUUACCAGAUUUGAGUGAGCUCACAGUUUGAAGGCUUCAAUGAUGAACUUUAUAGACACUGUUAAGACUAUCAAAGUAAUAGCAUAUACAGAUGUUCGAAAACCAAGUAAAUUUAAGUAAUUGAUGUUCGAGUAAGAUAAACCUAGUCAUCAUGCAAGUCCUCGGAAGCAUCUGAAUUAUUACCUGGAAAUGUUCUCUUUACCUUAACACCUCCCAUCAUCCAUACAGCUGCAUCAUCCAUACAGCUGCAUCAUCCCUUCUCAGAUGCAGUAGUAGGCUACAUCCCUCUUCGAGUCGCUGUUGCUGCACUGACUUCCUCCGAACAGGAGGAUGGUCACCUGUUUGCGCUAUCAGUAGCUUGUUCGCAGAAGACAGAUAGUAUGUUUGGCUCCAAAGAUGAAGUACUCUAUGGACAUCCACAGAGAGAAUCCCCUCUCCCUCCUCCCUCUCUUAGCCAGUGUAAAUAGUAGUUCUGUCGUGGGAUGUGACAUGAUGUAAAAUUAUAAAUGAUAAACCCUGUUUUCAUUUAUUUUAUUUUUUCUUACAUUUUUGGUAGACUGUUUUCUGUAAAGAAAAUGGAUUUAGCACUGACUCUGCAGUUGUAUGGUAUACAUCAAUACCCAUCAAUCUGUGGUUUGUGGCGUAGGUACCUUAUGCUCACUGCGCAGACCAAGAUGGUGAUGUACAUACAGGUGUAUUCUCAUUGUCAACCUUCUGUGCUUCAUUAACCUGGUCAAACCUGCAUUGGAUUCAAUGGCCGUGCUUGUCAGGCUGAUUCAGGGUGCAGGAUACUGGUCUGCACUUUCAGUCAUGAGUGAAAAGCUGAGUACUUUCUAAGAUGGGAGCUUGUGUUUAGUUUUGUAAUGCAGGGAGUUGAGGUGGAUAUAUCUUCUUUUCUUUUUUUUAAGGUGUUUAUUGAUUGUCAUAUUGCCCUUUUGUUAAAAUAAUGUAACUACUGCUGAAGGACUUUAAAUUAAUUGAAAUUAAUUUAUUAAAUCAUAUUUAGCCUUUUUGCUUUUGGA